AAUUUGAAUAUAUUUAAAUAGGCUUUUUGGUGUGGUCAGAUGCGACUCUAACCUCGGUCGCAAACUGCAUUUGACAGAUGUAAAGUCACAUUGGUGCUCUUAUUUUAAUUGAAAACAUGAAUUCGGAAUACUAUACUAAACGUUUUGAAGCAGUUUUCCUGCAUUUGCAUCCACGCGGGCCAAAAUUAUCGCUUACAGCGACCGCCCGAUACAUUAAAAAGACGGUGCCAUUCGUCCAGCGUUGGGUAGAUCAAUAUAAACGUGAAAAAAAUGUGAACGACCAGCCAAACAUUAAGCCCAACCGAGCAUCCACGCCGAAGCAAGAUCAGCGUAUUGCUAAGGUUUUCGAUCAAAACCCAGGUUUGUCGUUGCGUCAGGGGGUACAACGACUACGUCGAUCAAAUAUCAACGUUUCAAGAGAGACACUGCGAAAGAGAUUAGCAUGGAAUAACGGUCAAGUUGACGAAACGCUCAAGUGUAAAAUGUGUAAUCGGACAUUUACAUCGAUUGCGGCAAAGCGACGGCACAUGGCAUCAAGACAUUCGCAAAUUAAGCACAUGAUUUCAUGCAAAACAUGCGGAAAAGAGUUCAAAACUAAGUGGUCAUUGGCAACCCAUGUCUCUCGAUUCCAUCGAUAAAGCGGACGCUGGCUAAAAACAGGGCGGUUCAAUGACAUCAACCUGAAUUUUAAUGAAAACACAGCUACUUGAAUCAGGCCAUCAAUAUUCACUAUUUAUUUUCUAUUUGGUUUACUCUGACAUCAAAUUGUGGUUUUUAUUUAGUUAGAUUUAUUUCUUCUCUUUCUCUUCCAGUUAGAAAUUGAACGAAAGAUGUAAUGAAAUAAAUUCUUUUCAAAUUUGUCUUUUUUCAUUGUCGCUUAACAUAAUUGUAAUGUGCUAAUGAUUAAAGUAAAUAAGCCUAUUGCAUAAAAAUAAAUUUGAUUACCAAUCCGUGACACGUAAUUAAGAUUGAAGAAUUGUUCUCUCGAAAAAAAAAGAUUCAUAAGCAAAAACAAAAAAUAGAAGAGAAAAUCUUGCAAAUAAAAUGGAAUAUUCUCAUUUUUUUGAUUUGAUAAA